AACAUGUGGAACGAUAUCGAGCUGCUUGCGAACGAUGACACAGGAAGCGAGAGGCUCUUCGUGGGGUUGGGGCAGGAGUGCGGGACUGCGCUCUACCAAGUGGAUACACUGGUCCAAAUAACGUCUUCCGAGAAGGUCUCAGUGAAUCCACAGCUGUAUGCGUGCAGCUCCAGGGAUGGCAACAUUAUUGUGGUUGACAGAUCAGUGGUACUUCUCGACAGUACUGGCCAGUCUCUUCAGAUGCACAUUCAGUUUGAUACUAAUGUGGAUGUGGUUGGUAUGUGUCAAGAAAAACAGUUUCUUGUGGUUGGUGAGAGAAGUGGCAAUCUCCAUCUUAUUCACAUACCAUCAAAACAAACCUUGUUAACUAAGAUUUUAGUUGAAAAAUCUUCAAGUGAAAAGACUUAUUUAAAUCUCAUUAUUGAAAAAGAUAAUGCAGAUACAGGUAUCUAUCAUAUGUUCAUUCUCACAAGCAAUGGAUUCUUUUGUAUUAUGUGCCUCYCACUCGCAAAAACUCAAGAAGCAAUUGACAAUAUGGAUAUGAUUACAGCAAAGAAGUUACAAGGACAGAUUAAAACAGCUUUCGUUUCCACAGAAGAGUAUCACAGCCUUGGCUGUCAGAAUUUUGUGAUAAGUAACUCAAUGAACAACAUCCAUCUGAUAAUAGGGGGUAAAGGUGAUUAUGUACUCUCCAAAUGGGAGAUAGACAGUACCAAUAAUCUGAUAUCUGCACAAAGUUUUGCUGAUUCAAGUCUAAUCAAAGGUACAAUGAAACUUCAGGUUCUUGACAAUCUUCUACUUGUUUUAGAUACAGAGAAUAUUUUGAGCAUGUGGGAUGUCUAUACUCUUACUUUAAUUUGGGAUUGGCCCUCAGUUCAUGUUGAAGAAUAUCUUCUAACUACAGAUUCAGAUUCUUCUUCAGUCACACAACAAGGGCUUGCCAGUGUUAAACUGAUAAUCCUGACAGUACCCGAUAAUAAACAGAUGAAAAGUCUAAUGGUUUUUGCACUGCCUACUAUGCAAUUGUURUAUUCUUUGGAAGUAUCUAUUGUUUCUUCACUUGUUCAAAGUGGGAUCAAUACAGAUACAAUAUACUUCUUGGAAGGAAUUCACGAAAAUCAUCAGAGUUCCCUUGAAGGCCCAGUUUCUGUUGUUGUGAUGAGAAGUUUAACAGAAGCCUUGCCAGAAAACAGACUAAGUCGCUUACUUCACAAGCACAAAUUUGCUGAAGCUGAGAAUUUUGCUAUUCAGUUUGAACUGGAUGUUGAGCUUGUAUACAAAGUGAAAGCAAACACUAUUUUAGAGAGAUURGCUUCAGCUUCUGUUGGGAGUUACGGUCAAACAGUCUGGCUUGAUCUUGUGAAUGAAGCCAAAGAAAAUUUGCAAAAAAUUCAGGAUAGCCAGUUUGUUGUGGAUUACUGCAUAAAUGCUCCAUGGCCACUAUAUGAAACAACUCAAGAAAUGUUAAACUAUGCUAAAGUCAGGAUCUUGAAGAAAGAUGACAGGCCCAUUGCUUUGUCACCUGAUGGACCUUUGGUAUCCAUAACUGAGGUAUUGAGAGCUCAGUCAAGACUUACCACUUUUUAUGGAGCCUUUGGACUAGAGAAAUUCAGUGGUAUUGCAUGGACAGAAUUCUUAAAUAAUGAAGACAUUUUCAAGAACAUCCUUUUUCAGCUAGAAGAAGGAAAUUUACCUUGUGCACAGUACCUCUGGCUUAGGCAUCAGGCAGAAUUUGAAAGCUGCUUUGAUGAGAAAAUGCUAGAGAAUCUGCUCAAUGCCAUCCAUGUCACAGUUCCUAUAAAKGAACUAUGUUUAUGGCUUAAAAAUGUUGUGAUACCUUUCUUAAGAAGAGUUGUGCCAAAGGGACAGAAAAUAUUAGCAAAAUGGCUGGAACAAGCUGCUCGAAAUCUUGAAUUAACUGAUAAGGCAAAUUGGCCAGAAAACGGGCUGCAAAUGGCAGAGACCUUUUUUACAAGUAAAAAUCAAGGUGAAAUGGGAAYGACAACAUUUUACCAGUGGAAUCCUUUGAGAUGUGGUGACUGUGAAGAGGUGCAUCGGUUAAAGAAGCUGGUAAAUGAUUUGCAUGAACUGAUAAAUCUGUACAGAAAAUACAACUGCAGGCUGGCACUCUGUGAUUUUGAAAAGGAAAAUGCAACUACUAUUGUGUUUCGCAUGUUUGAUAAAAUUUUGGCACCUGAGCUUGUCCCAUCCAUUUUGGAAAAGUUUAUAAAGCCUUACCUGUGCGAACAUAAUCUACAAAAAGAUGAACUACUUUUACAGUAUAUAAAGGACUUACUGGAACGUUGUCGUACACGGUCUACUUCAGUAUUUGAAACUGCAUGGGAGGCAAAGGCAAUAGCUGCCAUUGGCUGCAUCUCUGAUACAGAUCUGAAAUUUGAUGCAGUUCUGCAAAUCAUGCAUGGUGCAAUGGUACCAUGGAGCGCAGCAGUGGAGCUGCUGGUAAAGCAACAUUUGGAAAUGAAUCACUUCAAAGUAAAGUUAUUGCAGGAGAAUUACCAACUGAUGGAGAUGAAGAAACUUCUGCGAGCUUAUGGGAUAAGAGAUACUAAUCUCUUAAAGGACAAGCAGAUGAUAAUGAGGCUGGUGAAAUAUAUUCUUAAACAAGACACUCCUACUUCUUUAGAAGAUGCUUUGAAAAUUGUAACAGCAUAUAUGUUGCCCACUGUAGAAGUCUACAUCUUGAGAAUGAUAGACCUGAUUGAUAAAGAAAGGGGAGAAGAAUCUCUUAUUCUAUUAAAAUCACUGAAUCUUGCUGAAGCUGAGAAAGUUGCAGAGAGAUUGACCGUGUGGGGGACACUGGUAUUGCAGAAUAAAGCAGAUAAUUCUGAGGAGCGCAAAACACAAAUGCUUAUGACAAAGACACUUGUGGAAAUCCUAAAAUUCCUGUUUAGCAUUCAAAAAGAAAAUCCUCUAAAGAAAGAUGAAUGUGAAGCAAACCUGAAAAUGUUUGAAACACUUGCUAUCCUGCAGGAAGAUUUUGAUAUCUUUCUUUCAGUCAAAGAUUUCAGGAAUCCUUCACUGAUGUCUAGGCUUCUUGAGGAGCACAUAAAAGCUUAUGAAACUGUCAGAUCUUUGUCAAAGUCCAAAAAAGCACAAACAGUGAAUUGUGAUUCACAAGAUAAAACAAAUAAUCGAUCCACUGGGUCAAGAUUGUAUAGGCUGGCUUUGCUUCUGCAAAGGACAGAACAAGAACUGGGAGAAAAACUGGCCUUGAGAGCAUUAGAUGCUGGAAGAGUUGAAGACGCUAUGAAAAUAUGCAGGGAGUUCUAUGAAAAUCACUGUAAUGAAGAAACAGGGAAGCUACUAUUCUCGGCAUGUCAAAGGCUUUGUCAUAUGUUAGGAGCUGAUGUUCCAAUGAUCACCCCUAAAGAUACAAAUCUUCCGGCAGUGGUCUAUGAAAUGGCUUGCCAAGCAGCUACCAUAUGCAGUCCUGAUUUGCUAUUAGACUCUCUGGAACUAUGUAAAUACACCCUGGCUGCCAAGGAUAUUUACAGACAAUGCCAAAUAGAAAACUGUGGAUUUACAGCAAAGGCAACAGCUUUUGGAGGAGAUAAAGAUCCUUAUGAAGAGUGGACUUAUGAUGACUUCUUUAAUGAAGAUGGGAUAGUUCUUGAUCCACAGAUAGCUCUUCCGGUUGCAUAUGAAACUAUUGCUUCCCUUCUGCCUAUUUCUGAGAACAAACUGUAUCCCUUGGAUUCGACAAGCUUGGCAAACUGUGCAUUUACUAAAGGACAGAACCUUUUGCUGCCAGCUAGAACACCCAUCUGUGCAGAGCUACAGAACCUCAUGGAGUGUAGUCAAUGUGAGUUAGCUUUGCGUCUAAUAGUCUGCUCAUUUGGAUCCUGUCUUCAGCAUGGUAUAUCAAACAACAUGGAUUUGUCCCUGAGUGAAAAGCUACAUGAUGGCAAAAUGCUAUCUGACACCAAAAGCUUUCUCAUUGGUAUGAAACAGAAGUGCACUUCAGCAAUUAUGACCACUAUCCAGACCUUAUUACACAAGGUAUUCAACUGUCGUCUCAUAGAUCAGAAACUGGCUUUGGGAUACUGCACCAUUUUGCCCAAGGAAGAUAUGUUCAAUAAACUCUGGGAUGUCAUAAACAAUUCAUGGCAAAAUUAUAAAAAAGUUCUGGCAGUAGCUCUGGUUGGAGCACAGCUUGCUACCCACUGUGGUGAAGAGGAGGAAAAAAGAAAGUUCCAAGAAUUGAUUACCGAUGCAGAAUGGGGUAUCCAACUUGGUAACUUUGGGAUUUCUUUCAAGAAUGCAUUUAGACAACCACCAGUAAGGAAGAAGGAACUCAUAAGAACUCUCGUCCAAAAUCCGAAAGUAGACACAGAUCUCAUAUUGAAUUACUGCAGAACUUUUAUGCUGGACAGUGAUGCCGCACUGCAGCUUUGCAUUGAAACACUUCUUCUCCAGAAUGCUAAUACAAAUCAUAUUGAAGAUGACUCUGCAGAACGCAGCGAGAAGCAACCUCAUUCUACUCUACUAGCUAGAGCACUAGCAAUAAUUCCUCUACUGAAAAGCACAAAAGAUCUGGUCAUGAGCCUCAGUGGAAUAUUGUACAAGCUCGAUCCAUAUGACUAUGAAACUAUUGAAAUUGUCCUGAAAGUAAUACAAAAUGCUGAUGAAAAGAAUACCAGUAUCCAGCUGAACCAGGCUUUGAGUCUUCUCAAACAUCUGGAGUCUUAUAAAAGAAUUUCCCCACCUGUGGACCUGGAACACCAAUAUGUUUUAGAGCAUGUGAUUCCCUUAUCUCCAGCUGCUCAAACCAGAUUACCCUUUCAUCUGAUAUUCUUUAGAACAGCAAAGUGUUUCUGGAACAUAAUAUCUGCAGAGCUCAGUGAGGAAUCAUUUCCAACACUUCUGUUAAUUUCCAAGUUAAUGAAGGUUUCACUGGAUACCUUACACAUGUCUGCAGCUCGACAUGUCUUUGAAAAAAAACUGAAACCAAAAAUAUUUGAAAUGAGAAACAGUGGAUAUACGUCAGUUAUUAACAAAGAAACAACUAAAACCAUACAGACAAUUCAAUCUUAUCUGUUGUCUAUCAUUAAUCCAGAGUGGGCUGUUGCUAUUGCUCACAAGAUUGCACAAGAAUUUCCAACAGGUCCUGACCAGAUUCAGGCAUUGAAAUUCUGUCUCUAUCUAGCUGGAAAAUGGCUAAAGAACACAACAACUAAGGAUGAUGCACAUGAAAAAGCAGAAGUCCUCCAGAAGAAGUUAUAUAUGCAGUAUAAGAGAUCAGCUACAGAAAAUGUUCUUUUACUUCACAAGUUGAACACUGCAGAGCACUUAAAAUCUAUUGGGAAACCAACAAGCCUUAUCAUUUUACUAUAUGAGCAUUGCAGUAUAGACCAAAGAAUACAAAAUCCAACUGGCAGAGAUUACCCAGAUAUCCAUGCAGCAGCAAAGGAGAUAGCUGAAAUUAACGACUUGGAUAUGAACAAAAUUUGGGAUAAGCUGCUAGAUAAAUGGCUCUGCCCAAGCAUACUGCCAUCAGAAAAAGCUGAAGGAAUCUUUGGCGAUCUAAAGGAAGAUGAAGAACUCAGAAGAGUUAUAUAUCUACUUCAGUCACGCCCAAUGGAUUACAGUUCAAGAUUGCUUUUUGCAAUUACAACAUCAGCCACAUCUCCCAUUGGUGUUAAUCAACUGACCUUUGCUCACAGGAGCAGAGCACUUAAGUGUCUGCUCUACUUGGCAGAUACCAAUACUGUGGAAUCACUCUUCAAGAAACCCAUUGAGAAAGUAAAGUAUUUUCUAAAAUGCUGCAUUUAUCUGGCAGAGUUUGAAACUUUAAAUAUUCCAUAUACUUAUGAAUCAUUUCAUAAAAGCCCCAAGGAAGGAAUGAUCAAAGGACUAUGGAAGAAUCACAGCCAUGAACCCACAGCUGUCAGACUUGUGUCUGAACUUUGUCUAGAAUACAAAGUAUAUGACUUCCAACUCUGGAAUGGCCUACUACAGAAGCUUCUUGGUUUCAACAUGAUGAAAUAUCUGAGAAAAGUUUUGAUAGCAAUCACAGGAAUUCAUUCAUUAUGGGAGAUUCCCAACUUCAGUCGAGCUUGGCGAAGUGUAGUUCUGUCACCAUUUCUUGCAGCUUCAUGUCCACCAAGUCCGAACCAGUUGGAGGAAUGCUGUGAAUGUUUUGUGAUUCUGCUGAAGUGUCCUGUUCUGGCUGACCUGGAUGUCAUCGGAAUAGCUAAACAAUAUGCACAGCUGGACCUUCCAGCUUUUGCUUUGGGAUGCCUGUUGCUGAUUCCUCAGUCUGAGAAAAGAGAGCAGCAAAUUCAGGGUUUCCUAUCGACAUGUAGCACUGAAACUAUAUUGCAACAAAUAGAUGAACAUAUGAACACCGGAGAAGUAGUGGCAUUUGCUUCUCAGAUUAGAUCUCUGACUUUGGACAGCAUCAUAAACGAGAAGCUAUAUGAGAAAUUCUUGAAAACUAAGUAUUUUUCAUUAUUGAAACAACAGCUGAUGAACACUCACCGAAUUAAAGAACUGGUGGAUUAUUUAGUCAGCAAGAACUGCAUUGAUGAUGCAACAGCCUUAAUAAAAGAGUAUCAAGAGAAAUGUGGAAAUCCCAUGCUGGUGGAUGCAUCAACUUCUGAUAUUUUAAAGAUGUUUCAAAGUGGACCAGAGGAGACCUGUGAUUAAGUCUUCAUCUGCCCUUUGUCUUUUCUCCCUCCCCUGCCUCGUUUAGUGACAUACAUUAAUAACACAUGUUCUUGUUAACCAACACCGAACUAUAACUCUUUUACCCCAAAGCUUCUAUAAGCUUUUCAGGUUUUUAAUUAUCUAGGCUGUUUUUUUUUCUCCAUAGC